CUCAGCAUCCUUCAAAAAACCGUACGGAGUAUCUGAAGAGAAUAAGGACCUGAACAGGAAAGCAUCUGAUCUAUAUCAUUCGACCCACAAUAGCCCCUUGGCGAGCAAAUCUAAUGCGCGCACUCGUCCACUAAACCCGGCCAGCGAUCAUAUUGAUCACCAAGGGUCGGGGCUUCUUAUCCACUUUUAAUAAUCCUCUGCCUUCACAUGUCCCUAAAAUGCAUAUCCCCAAGAAGAUAAAAAGUGGCGAACGGGUCUGUUUCAACUUGGCGAGACUCUAUUACUGGUCCAAAAUUCGUCCCCGUAUUUGCGAUUCGUCAACUUGCAGCAGCUCGCAUGUCACUCUCCAGAUUUAGGUCUAAGUACGGAGCAUUAUUUGUUUUUCAUCAACCUCGAUUCCUUCAGGUCCUCCGUAUAAUUUGGAAGGUCUCCCUUGUUUGAUCAUUGACCCCUCAUUGGCCCCUCUUAUCCAUCAUGGUAAUCUUCAACAUUCUCGCUCUGACACUAUGUGCGUUCUCGCCUGUCAGUUCGAGAUUGCUUCCUCGACAAGUCUUUCCGAAUUCUACAUCUGAGUCUUCCCCGAAUCCAAUUGGGCAUCUUUAUCCAACUAGUGUGACUGGUACUCUCAAUGGCACUGUUUCUUUGGUACCGAUCCCGUACAGUCUUGCCAGAAGCAUUAUCCCAUCGCAAUACGGGAUUCUCACCAAAGCAUACGAGGCAUUACUUCCUGGAUUUCCAAAGGAUAGCUACCCCGUAAGUUGAGAAAGAACAGGAAGCUCUUCGUCAAGCUGGAAAUCAAUAGCACAAAGCUGAUCACAUGUUCAGCUACUCAUCCGAGUCCCUUUGGAUCAUGAUCUUGAAUUUGGGGGAUUACAUUUAGUUCCAGAUUUCCAGGUUGAUCUUUGA